CUUCUUCUUCUCCUCUACUCUUCAAGCUGGUUUGUUGCCCACUGGCAUGAGAUCAUUCUCAACCAAUAUAGAACAAGUUGAAAAGGACCACUCAUUUACUGUGUCAUACCUCAUAAAUUCAUGUGGGUUGUCUACUGAAAAGGCAAAAUCUGUCUCCAAAAGAAUCAAGCUUCAAUCUGCUGAACAACCAGAUUCGGUCCUGAAAGUUCUAAGAAACCACGGAUUUACGGCUUCCCAUAUAAUCAAAGCUGUUGGAAGGCGCCCUAGUUUACUUUUAGCCAAUCCUGAGAGGUCAAUAUUGCGUAAAUUUGAGUUUUUUAAAUCUUUUGGUGUAACAGAUGCUGAGCUUGUGAGUGUUUGCUCGUCAACUCCAUCUAUUCUGGGUCACAGUUUGGAAAAUCUACUCAUUCCUAACUAUAAAUUCCUCAAAAGUGUGCUUCUCUCUGAUGAAAAUGUUAUCAAAUCGUUUAGAAAAAAAUCAUGGCUCUUUCAGAGAGAUUUGCCAAAGAAUGUGUCUCCGAAACUUACAGUCCUGAGAGAACUUGGAAUGCCCGAGCCUCUUAUUGCACUAAUUUUAAUAUGUUAUGCUCCUAUAGUCUUCCAAAAUCGUGAGAAUUUUGACAAAAAUGUCAAGAAGGUUAUUGAAAUGGGUUUUGAUCCUCAGAAAUGUGGGUUCAUCCAUGCAAUGCAGGUGUUUGCCUCAUUGAGUCAAUCAACUUUGGAACAGAAGUUUGAUACUUUUAAGGGGUGGGGGUGGUCCGAUGAGGACAUCAUGUUGGCUUUCAGAAAAUGCCCCAUUUUUUUGAAUGCCUCUGAAAGCAAAAUAAUAAAUGCAAUGGAUUUUCUUGUGAACAAGAUGGGUUGGCAGUCCACAGAUAUUGCCUUGUAUCCAGACGUUUUCCUAAUGACUUUGGAGAAGAGGAUAAUCCCAAGGUGUUUGGUUAUUAAAGUUCUGCAGUCGAAGGGGUUGGUGAAGAAAAAUUUGAGCCUAGGUCCAUUUCUAAGACCUGUUGAGAAAUUAUUCUUGGAUAGGUUUGUGACAAAAUACUUGGACCAGGUUCCUAAACUGAUGAAUAUCUAUCAAAGGAAGGAAGGCUUUCAUUCUCUGGAUAUGAACAUCUAUGUUUCUUCCGGCAAACUGUAGCAUGUCAACUUUCCAAACCUAAAAGGAUUGUAUAGUCUUUAUUUGGUGGUCAUUAAAUUUCAGCAUUCUAGUUUAUUGAAACAAUGUUGAGUUAAUUCAGUUACUUCUGCAGAGUAACAUUUUUUUCAGCACUUUCCAAUUUGCAUUUGAUUGUAUGCUUUAUAUUCAUACAUGAGUACAUGACUAGUAGAUGUAGACAUGAAUUUCAAUUCUGUGGUUUUGAUUUACCCCAGGUCCCUGUAGUUUCUAACAAGCCCUUUCCUUGCUAGCAACUUACAGUGAAGCUUGGAGGUCAGAGAAAGAGAUGAAUCAGUGAUAUUGAUUGACUUGAACAAUAUUAUAGAUAUGAUGCUGUGAUAUUUUUGCUUGCGCAACUUCUUUGUUUGGUUGAUGUUUCCUCCUGUAUAGUUGUAAUUGCAAUAUUCUAUCAAUCUCCAUUGCACUGGAGACUGAUUUUAGGUAUAUAGUGAUGAAGUAAAUUCCUUGUGGGAAAGAGGAUAUAUUUAUUGAGACUAUCUGUGAAGGGGAUUGAUAGGUUCAACAUUUGGUUCAUGUAUUGCUUUUAAAUUUUGGAGUGAAUUUGAUUCCCAGCUUUAGAUUAUCUGGAACUCCAACAUUUGGUUCAUGUA